CCGUUAACUGAAACAUCAGAGGCCCGUUUCAGAAAGCAGGUUUAGUGAAAAAUCUAAGUUUGUAAAUCUUUAGUUUCCUAGUCAGGGUAAAUUAAAUCAGAAUUCAGGGUUAGACUCAGAGUUUGUUAAAUCUCCUUCCUGAAACGGGCCCCAGACGAGUCAGAUUAUCAUUAUUGACGUUUAAUUCUUUCAAAUAGUGAAAUCUGCUCCAGGAACACUUGUAGUCUUAAUGGCGUUAAGUACUGUUUACGUUAGCUUUCUUGCUAGAUGCCUGGUUGUAACAAUAACCUCGUGUUAAUCAAUCAGAGUGCCCAACACAGCUGUCUUUGAAAGUCAGAAAUGAGGAAAAUAUAUUCAUGACAUGAAAGGUUUGUUAACCCAUUUCUGUUCCAUCUCCAUUGAGUGUCUACCAAUGUGUAGAUCAGUGUUUUACACCACUGCUAUCAAGCCAGAAACAAUGACAUAGUUAACGUCCGGUAAACCCCUUUCAAAAUAAAACGAACAGUAGGCGUAAAAAAAACGAGCUGUUUGCGAUUAAUGAUUUUCACAGAUGAUAUUGUCGUUACAUAUUCACCAUGUUGCAGUGCACGUGCAUACAUAAAGGCAGAAUAUCUGCGUGAGUCAAAUUUAGUAAUAGCAUUAGAGGUAACAAACGGAUGCUAAUCUAGGAAACCAACCCAUCAUGGCGGCUGCCACAAGGCUUAUAUCAAGGUUGACGCUGGUCACUGGAGGAGGCAGUGGGAUUGGACGGGCGGUGUGUCAGCGCUUGGCCUCUGAGGGCGCCUCCGUGGUGGUCGCUGACAUCAGCGAGGAGUCGGCCAAUGAGACCCUGGGGAGCCUGCCGAGUGACCUCAGGGGGCAGGCACACCGGGCGGCUGUGGUGGACGUGUCGUCAAAAGAGAGUGUAAAGAAGCUGAUCACAAGUAUACAGACUCAGUACUUUCAGCCUCCCUCAGUGUGUGUGAACGCAGCCGGCAUCACCCAGGACGACUUCCUGCUCAACAUGGACGAGGAUCAUUUUGACAAAGUCAUCCAGGUCAACCUGAAGGGUUCAUUCUUGGUCAUUCAGGCUGUCGCUCAGGCUCUGGUCGCCUGUGGAGCACCCAAAGGAUCCAUCGUUACUGUGGGCAGCAUCGUGGGAAAGGUGGGAAACAUUGGACAGGCCAAUUACGCUGCCUCUAAAGCAGGAGUGGAGGGUUUAACAAGGACCGCUGCCAAAGAGCUCAGCAGGUUUGGGAUUCGGUGUAAUUGUGUGCUGCCAGGUUUCAUAUCGACUCCGAUGACGGAUAAAGUUCCAGAGAAGGUUAUUAGCAAGAUGAAGUCCUUGGUGCCUCUGGGAAGAAUGGGUGAACCUGCAGAGGUUGCUGAUGUUUGUGCCUUUCUAGCUUCAGAUGAUUCUCGAUACAUCACCGGAGCCAGUGUCGAAGUGACAGGAGGACUUUUCAUUGGAUAAAUCUGAUGAAGACCAAUGGGAGGCCAGUUCCUUCGUUGUUAACUUAAUUUUUCAAUGAUCCUACGGUUGUAUUCGACAUACAACAUGUUAUAAACUGUGCCAAUAAACACUUGUUUGUAAUA